AUGCGACAAAUCAGUGCAACCAAACCGAAUAUGUCACUUUUACCAAAGCGCACACCUGUUGAUCGUUGUCCUACACCAUUUCAACCGCUCUUACUCAGUUAUUCUCAAUUGCAUCGACCAGCACUACAACGAGAUAAAUAUCGACUUUCUCAACCUCCUAUGCCUGUUGAUAAAUUAAAUGGUAUCUCAGUUGCUUCAAGCAAACUUUCAUUAUCGUCCAGUCCCUCAUUGACAUCGACGGUAUUGCCAUCACUGAUCGAAGAACUUCACUUACCAACCAAUCAUCUUGUACGUUUACAUACACCUCAACUACGCUGUUUAAAUAUUUCCGACAAAUAUAUCAAUGAAGCAAAAGAACUUUAUUUUGAUGCUACAUCAAAAAUUCUUAAUGAUGAUGAUGAUAUGAAAAUUGAAUUAACUUGUUACGAUGAAUGA